UGAGGAAGCGGACUCAAUUGAUACUGGGUGAACUCUCGCGCGACGGGGCAAAGGGGUAAAGGAAGUAAAGGCUGGAUAAAGUGGAAGCUCAGACAAUCAAGUCAUUCGGGAAAACCCAACAAAUAAAUCCAGAAUGAAAGAAAAAAAUGAAAGACAUAAACAUCACUCCUCUACCUUUCUGAUCACAGACAAAAUGACCCAAGACCAAGGCACGUGUCUUCCCCUCACUUUCUCCAGCUUUUGCUCUCCCCAGAAACCAACAAGCCACGGGCAGCCACCUCCGCACUUCCAGCAGCAUCUCCGCAGGAAAACCAUGUCUUCAGGUGCAUUUCGGGCCUUUUCUGCCUUUCCCAUCCUGACGCUUGUCGGGAAGGGAUUUGUUCUGGGUUCACCGCUAGAUCACAUGAUAUCUCCUCGCGGCUGAUAGAACAAUCCUUGACGAGGCAGUUUCGUCGGGGUUGAAUAGUUCAAAAUGAAAAAAAGAUUUUCAGGGCUCUGCCUCGAGUAGUUGCGGUGCGAUCUAGGAUUCUUCGGUAAUUCUCGGGACACAGUGGUGGAUGCGGAAAUAUACGUCCGCAUGGGUGAGUAAGCAAGUCAAGAACCAUUGGACCCUGAUUCCCUGAUUUCCCUGGAUCUGGAUCCUCG